UUGUUAUGUUUUCCAAAUCCCAGUUACUAUUUGCAUAGCAACAAGGCAUUUUCUUAUGAUAAAAAAUCUCUAUAUUUUUUCUACUUGACAUUAUUUUUUAGUGGGAAAAAAAUGGCUGAAUUUACGAGUACAUCGACGAAGCUUGAAGGACAAGUAAUGGAUAGAGAAGAAGAGAAAGGUGAUGAGAAACCUAGAGAAUUAUUUCUAGCAGAGCUGAAUCUUGUUCUUGUUUUAUCAUUUUUUUCGUUAUCAUCUGAAGAACGAAAAUUAGAAGAAUUUGAGAUCGAUAAUGAUAAAGAUCAUCAAGAACACAAUAUUAUUUCUAAAGUUAAUUCCAAGAAACGCGGAGGAAUCAAUAAAUACAAAGCUACUGAUCAACAUGAAUUUCCCAGGUUUCAAACCAAGAUUAAGGAUUGCAGACACUGCAGAAGAAUGUGAAGAAUAAAACAUCUUUAGGGCAAACCAAGCAAAAAGAAAGAAAAGGUCUUUUUCCAUUUAUGGAUAGAUCACAAUGAAGAAAGAGGCAUUUGUAUUCUAAUAAAUAAAAAAAAAUAUUCAGCAUUUUAUAGCCAUAGGAAAAAAGUAGAUAAAUAAAAAAAAAGUUUUGUAGUCUUAUAUAAUUACAACUAAACAAUGUAUUGACAAAUGUAGUGAUGUUAUUCACUCUUUAGUUUAUCAACAUAGAUCAAAGUUAUCUAUGUCAAUGUAUAAUUAUUCUUGCUUUUACAUUGUCA